AUGGCACAUCGACAGAAUGGCAUUCACCUAUGCAAUGGCCUUCUACACCAGCAACUUCAUGGCCGUCGUUGGACUAGGAAUACAAGUGAUGAUGUGUGCCCACGGCCUCAUCGUCUUUCUCAACACGCCUACAUGGUGCUAAGCUUCAUCAUCCUACUUCUAUGCUUGAUCCCCACAUGCCUUGACCUCGCAACUGGAUUCGAGGCACUGUACGGCACGGGUUCGGGUAUAGGUUACAUCCGCGCAAGUCUUGCCCGUGGACCUGGCAACGUAAAAGACAUCAUUUCGCAAUUUCUGAUUUACACCUACAUCCUACUAGCCGACGCGCUUUUGCUUUGGAGAUGCUAUAUCAUCUGGAGCGACGUUGGAAUCCAGGUUCUAGUUCUACCAUUACUCUUGUUCCUCAGCGUUGUGGGCCUCUCCAUACUCAUCCUCGCCCGCAUCACAACAGGUGCAAUAUGGAACACCACCAACCACGCUUGUAUCCCCGCAUACACCCUCCUAACAGUCUCCUUCAACGUAACCGCCACAUCCCUCAUCGCCUACAGGUCGGCGAAUGAGUGUGUACAAAUCAGCCGCGAGGAUCCUAAUCGAAUCUGCUCUUACUUUGACGAUAUGCGGCUUAGAAGUUAG